GGGGUUAAGGGGGUUCUACCUGUGGGUUCCCGUGGCACUGCUCACUCCCAGCUCCUUCUCUGAGCUCCAGAUCUGGGGGUGCCAGAGCUGUGCCAGAACCAAAGAUGUCACACGUGGAUCCCCAUUGGCCCUGCAGGAGCCUUCCAUGGCCCCACACAGGGCCGGCAGCACAGUGGGAAUGCCGCAACCCAUACCUUUAGGGAUGGAGAGUAACAACUCACUGCAGCCCUCAUUGCCACCCCCUCGGCCCCACAAAGCUCAGUGCAGCCCUGAGGAGCUCAGAGCAGCCCCAUGGUGCCGGGAACUCCCACUGCUGCCUGCUGCCCACACGUGCCAGUCCGACCUGGCACAGCACACUGGGGCUGGCUGGGGGCCGGGCGCUCCCGCUCCCUCCUAGCAGGCGAGGAGUUAAAAACUCAGCCCUUGUGAUGAAUAUUUAAAAGCAGUGUUCAAGCUGGAGCCGAGGAUUUCUCCAGGGCUGGCAGCGCUGCAUCCCUCUCCCCAGCCCUGCCGCCCGCCCGGGCGCACUGCGGAGGAGGACGGGGCGUUGCAGCGGGGCUGCCAGCAUGGGGCCGCUGGGGCUGGGGGUAACUUUUGUCACUUUGCCUCUUGUCAUCCGAGCGGCUGCGGGAGGGCAGUGGUGCUACGACUCACAAGACCCGAAGUGCGUGAUGCUGAGCCUGGAGAGUGAGCCGGGUGCUGAGCACAUUGCCAUCAGUGGGGGGGGCCUCCCGGGCCGGUACCGUGCACUGCAGCUGCACUUCCACUGGGGCAGCCCAUCUAGGAAUGGCUCUGAGCACACUGUGGAUGGGCAUCAGCUCCCCAUGGAGCUGCACAUUGUCCACAUCAACGUCAAGUACCGCACCCUGGGGGAGGCCAAGGGGCACCCAAGCGGGCUGGCUGCGCUGGGCUGCUUCUUCCAGGUCUCAGAAGCCGCGAACUCCAACUACAACACUAUCAUUGGGGGACUGAGGAACAUCUCCCAUGCUGGGCAGGCAGUGGACCUGGCCUCCACCUUCCGCCUUGGCACGCUGCUGCCGCACGUCGCACAGCUCUCCCGGUACUACCGCUACCAGGGCUCCCUGACCACCCCUGACUGCAGCGAGGCCGUCAUCUGGACCGUGUUUGAGGAGCCUGUGGGCAUCAGCAGGGAGCAGCUGCAGGCGUUUGUCAGCACCGUUCACUUCCCGGCCUCGGGCGCUGCGCCCCUGAAGAUGACCAACAACUUCCGUCCUCCACAACCGCUCCACAGCCGCAAGAUCUUCUCUUCCCGGGAUGCCACGGCCAGCUGUGGGUGUCCCCGCUGUCCCCUCGCCCCGCUGCUCCUGCUGCCCCUGCUCGGCCCCUUCUUGUCUUCCCUUUAGGGCCCGGGUUCCCUGUUGCCUCUUCUUUGCAGCAGUGAGGAAACUUCUGGUUUAUGGGUGAUGGGGAAAAAAUGGUAAAAAGCAGCUGGGGGCCAUCAGCCGGGUGAGGAUGCGGCAGCUCUGGCGUGGGCUCGGUCAUGGGGCUGUCGGGGCUGCAAUAAAGGUGAGCUCCUGGCCCCGUGUGCGGCCCCUG